AGGACAGGUUGACAGAAGAGCUGAAGUUUGGAAAGCACUGUUCUGAGACACAAUCAAUUAGGAUCUAGUUCUGUCCUUGACUCUGGACUAAAACCCAAGGGGAAGAGAGUUGAGCAGACUUCAAUUCUGAUGGCAGGAUCUGCUCAGAAGCAGAUGACAGGAAAAAUUCUUUGGUCAGGCCUUAUGGCUGUGGCCUUCACCAUCAACAUGGCAGUAGCAGAACUGGGUGCAUCACGAACAGUCCUGAAGCAGAACAGCCCAGUUCUACACAGGCAGAAAAGGAAAUGGGAGUGGAACACACUCAGCGUACAGGAAGAGCUUCUCAGGAAAUAUUUGCCUCAGAAAAUUGGAAAGCUAAAGAACGAUAAUUUCAAUGCAAACACAAAGUUUAUCAUUGAAGGAGAGGGAGCCAAUGAUAUUUUCAUAGUAAAUGAUCAAGGAGAUAUCUUUGUCAGCAAGACAUUGGAUCGAGAAACCAAGAGCCAAUACCACCUUACUGCGCAUAUUCUGGAUGUCCUUACCAACUCUUCAGUGGAAGCAGAUUCAAAGUUUAUCGUAGAUGUCCUCGACAUAAAUGACCACAGCCCUGUCUUUCAAGAACCCUUAAAUGGUUCUAUCCCAGAGAGGUCUGCGGCAGGGAGUACAGUACUGAUAGUAACUGCCACAGAUGCAGACGAUCCAACCUCUCCUAAUGCACGUAUUGAAUAUGCAUUGUUAAAUGGAACUGAUCUCUUUAGUAUUGAUGAAGAAGGGGUCAUCACUACAAAGUUGAACAACUUGGACCGCGAGAAGCAAAGUGUUUAUUAUAUCAAUGUCAAAGCCAAAGACAUGAAAGAUCAUACAGCUGGGAACACAAACACCACUACCGUAAUCAUCACUGUUACAGAUAUAAAUGACAACAGAGCCACCUUCAGGAAAUCAAAAUACUCUUUUGAUGUGAGAGAGGAUGAGAAGCCAGGUUUCAAAGUUGGCACAUUGGAGGUUGACGAUUUGGAUGAAGUAGAUCAUAAGGAGCCUAUAUUCACCAUUGAAGACAUGUCAAUUAAAUCUUUGUUUGACAUCCUGCCAAAUCAUCAUAAAGAUGGGAAUCUCAACCUAAAACAAAGGCUUAAUUAUGAAGAAAAGAAAAGCUACAAUUUUGGGGUUAUGAUCAGUGAAGAUAUUAAAGUAGUACCAGACAACCAAGGAAAAAGUCUACUCACCAAAGCCGAAGUUGAAAUCAGAGUAAUAGAUGUUGACGAGCCACCAGAGUUCACAAAGCAGCAGUACAAUUUCAGCAUCCUUGAAGGCAAAAUAAGCAAUCCAUUCAUAGGAACUGUCACCGCUACAGACCCUGAUAAGGAGAAACACAGAAUAAGGUAUUCUAUUGAAGAUCCCAACUGUCCCGUGAAAGUCAACUCUGGAACAGGACAGCUGACUCUACAAAAGGAGCUGGACAGGGAGCUUCAGGACGUUUAUGAGUGCCAGGUCACAGCACAAGAAGACCAACCUAAUGGUCUCAAAUCUUAUGCAACAGUUAAGCUGUCAGUUCUUGACGUUAAUGACAACAAACCAGAGCUAUCCGCCCAAGAUGUGUAUGUUUGUGAGAAUGAUAAGGCGGGCACGGUCAUAGGACAUAUCAAUGCAACUGACAAGGAUAAACAUGUGGCUAGAUUUCGCUUCAGUCUGGCAAAAAAAAGUGAAAAUUUUUCACUCUAUGACAACAACAAUAAUACAGCAAGUAUUGUGGUGAAGAAAGGUGAGUUCAGCACAGAGGAUCCGGUGGAGAUCCUGGAGAUUGAAAUCACUGAUGGAGGCAUACCACCACUAAAAAGCUUCAGUCCGCUCUACAUCGGAGUGUGCACGUGCCUGGAAGGGAGACAGAGAGAGUACUGCAAGCCAGCCUAUUCCCAUGCCGGAGUUAGCGUCAGCGCCCUCAUUGCUAUUCUACUGUGUAUUCUUACCAUUCUAGUUAUUGUGAUCCUCAUCGUGAUGCGAAGGCGUUACCAGAAGGAUGCACUUGUCACGCUGGGAAAAUCCUCUGGCGAGAUCCACGAGCAACUGGUGACCUACGACGAGGAGGGGGGUGGUGAAAUGGACACUAAUGGUUACGAUGUGUCAAUCUUAAGCUCGGCCUGUCACGAUGGUACCCUGUUGCCAAGGCCUGGCCCUGCACCCACUCUGUAUGCAGUAGUCAAAAAGCCCUCUGCCUGCAAGGGUGAUAUGGCCAUGAUGAUUGAGGUGAAAAAGGAUGAGGCUGACCAUGACCGUGAUGGAAUCCCCUAUGAUACUUUGCACAUCUAUGGCUAUGAAGGCACAGAAUCUCUGGCUGGCUCUCUAAGUUCUUUGGACACAUCCUCCUCUGGCUCAAACUUAGAUUAUGAUUUCCUCAAUGACUGGGGCCCACGCUUCAGGACCUUGGCACAGCUCUAUGGUGUAGAUGGCUCUGACUCUGAUGGCCUCUACUGAAACUGGAAAUGGAAAAAAGGGCAGCACCCAACAGAACUCCCUCAUUUUUUGAGCUCCAUCAGGAGAUUGACCAAUGAGAGUGUUCUCAACCUUUGCUCUCUGCUGUAGUCCCCUUGAAGCCAUGCAGCAGUGCCAAUGACAGCAGGAAGCAAGGUGGUCAUACUACGACUACU